AUGUUGGUCAAGGGUGGCAAGGCGUCUGGGAACAGUGUGGUGAUGGAGAGUGGCAUGUUGGUCAAGGGCAGCCAGGUGAUGGAGAGUGGCGCAGUGGUCAAGGGCGGCUGGGCAGUGGUGAGCAGUGUGGCAACAGAGAGUGGCAUAUCAGUCAAGAGCGGCCAGGUGGUGGAGGUGGUGGAGAGUGGUGCAGUGGUCAAGGGUGGCCAGGUGGUGGUGAGUGGCACAGUGACAGAGAGUGGCAUGUUGGUCAAGGGUGGCAAGGAGAUGGAGAGCAACAUGGUGGUGGAGGAAGAUGAAGCAGAGGAGGGCGAGGAGGCAGAGAAGGAGGAGGAGAGCAAUGAGAUCUUGGUGGCCAAGGUGUUCAUAGAGGAGGUUGUGUGUUGGCAUGGGGCGCCUGAGGCACUGCUCUUGGACCAAGGGCAACAGUUCUUGAGCAAGGUGCUCAAGGAGGUCAAUGAGUUAUUGGGUGAAAAAGGUCUGUUGGCAAAGGUCACCAACAAGAAGCAGGACAACUGGGACCUCUACAUGCCCUAUGUGCUGUUUGCAUACUGCACAAGCAUGCAUGAGGCCACACAGGACUCCCCAUUCUACCUCCUCCAUGGUUGGGAGGCCAACCUACCUGGUUGA